AUGAAACUUUCUAUAUUUUUUUUUAAUUGGAUUGUGUCGCUUUAUUUAAUAACAACACCUUCAUAUCCGUUUAAAUUAUAUCCUACAUCCUAUGCAACAGCCUUUAAACCAAGGUUUGCCUCUAGCAUUUAUGAGGUAGGUAUAGGGAGCCUAGAUCCCUUAUAUAUCGACUUUAUUCAGAUCAACCAUGGUGGUCUAAAACUUGAUAUGCACAAUAUACAAAUCAUAGGACUUAAAAAUACGAUUAUUAAGAGUUUCAACAUUGACAAGAACUCUCGACUGUUGCGAUUAACUCUAUUAAUAGACUACACACUAAAAAGUCAAUAUAAUGCCGCAGGAUGUAUAUUUUCGUUACCUGUGUUUGGAAACGGUGAUUUUUCAAAGACAAAUACUAACGUAGAAAUGGAUAUGGUUAUGCCCUUCGAAAUCAUAAAGGAUGGGUAUGGAAGAGAUAUUAUAGACCUUAAGGGAUACCAAUAUUCGUUUAUCGUAAAAAGAGCUGGUAGUAUUCUUCUAACAAACUUAUAUAAUGGAAAUAAAUUAACAAGUGAUAGUUUGCAUGCACUGAUUAAUCAAAACUGGAAACUUUGGUCUGCAGAGUAUGAAAAAUUCAUAUAUGAUAAGCUUAAUGAUAAAAUUUUCAAUGCAUUUGAUAUUUUAAUGCAUAAAAUAAAAGUAGCAAUAGUGUUGCUUAAUAAUUUAACUUUAAUAUUAAAACCCGGAUAUGGUCUUCCGCACGCACCUUCACAACUUGUAUGUGGGGUACGGGAUACAGCCUGCUUAAUUGUAGAGAUCCACGACAUGUUUACUGCUCUAGUUGGGGGCAAUGAGCAACUAAAUACAAAAAAAUUGGAUACCAUGUUCUUGGACUUUCUACAUAUAAACCAAAACGAUUACAAAGUAGACUUUAGGAAUAUCUAUGUCAGUGGACUAAAGGAUUUAGUUACUGAAGACGUCAGCAUUGAUUUGGAUUCUAAAAUCUUUCGUAUACUAUUCAAUACCAAUCUUACAUUUAGAAGUCAAUAUGUAGUCAAUGGAACCCUGUUAUCUUUGCCUAUUGAAGGGAAAGGAAACUUCUUAAUGAAAUUGAAUAACAGCCUUAUAGAUCUGAUUAUGCCCUUCGAAAUCAUUAAGGACGCUCAUGGCAAUGACAUCAUGGUACUAAAAUCUUUUAAUUACACGUAUGAUGUGAGGGAUAGUGCCCAAUUUUAUUUUGAAAAUCUCUAUUAUGGCAACAAAACUGCAAGUAAUACACUACAUAAGGUUGUACAGCAGAAUUGGAAAUGGUUGACGAUCGAAUUUGGAAAAUCUGCACUUGAUUUAAUAAAUAUGAAAAUAUUUAAUUCAAUCCUAAUUUAUUGUUUGAAAGCAAAAUUUAUCAUACUUUGGGAUACUUUAAUGGAUGGAAUUCCAAAAUUAGGAAUUGAAAGAUUGGAUAAAAUGUUUCUGGGUAAUAUGUCCACAUCGAAUCUUGGGCUAAAUUACAAUGUAACCAACGUAGAACUAGAAGGAUUAAGAAAUGUGACUGUUGAGAGUUUCAGAUUUAAUAUGCGCUUAAAAUUGAUAGAAGUUUUGUUUCGGACAACUUUGAUCAACCGUUCUGACUAUGAAGUAAAUGGCGCCGUAUUUUCUAAUCUGGUAUAUGGAUCUGGCAAGACAUCUACAGUUAGAAAAAACAUUCGUUUCAAUGCACUGAUUUUCUUUGAUAUUACAAAAAUUGAUGGCAAGGAUAUCCUAGAUUUAAAAGCUUAUUUUUAUGGAUUUGAUGUAAGAGAUCGCGUGGUCUACGAAUACUCCGGUUUAUACAACGGAGAUAAGAAGAAAAGUGACAAUAUGCACGCUUUCUUGAAUGAAAAUUGGAUACUGAUUACACAAAAUUUUGCAAAAAAUAUGUUAGAUACAGCUGCAGAUAAAGUUUACAAUGCUGUUAAAACUUAUCUGCGCCAUCAUCCCUUAGAAGAAAUAUUUAUAAUG